UGAAGAAGCUUGAAUCCGGAUUAAAAAGUGAAGUUUUAGUGUUUUUAUUUUUGAGCUCGAACAGAGAAGAUGAAAUAUUUCACCAGAAAGAGAAUCAGACGCAUCUAUGAGUGGCGAGGAGAGCCUGUCAACUUCAAUAGGAAGUUAAAAACAUAUGAAUACAGCUCGUUGGCCAUCAGUUUGGAGGAUCUGCCGAGGACAACCAUCAUCAACACGGGCCAGCACAUCUUCAUCGAGGGAGAGGAUGAAGACAACCCGUACGUGGCCAAAGUCGUCAAGCUGUUUGGAGACGAGAGCGGCGAGCAGAAGAAGGCCGUAGUUCAGUGGUUCUGUCGAGUGUCCGAAGUGCCUCAGAGCAAACUGAAGCUGCUGGGCCGAGAGCCACACCCGCAGGAGAUCUUCUACUAUCAGGCUCGCAGCUGUGAUGAGGAGGUCGACGCAGAGUCCAUCCUGAGACCUGUGCAGGUGAAGCACCUGGAUGGAGCCACUCCGUUCCCCGACUCCUCCGAUAAAGAAACUCUGUACGUGAAGCUGUCCUGGAACACAAAGACCUUCAGGGUGGUGAAUUCUGCUCUGGUGGAGGGUUUCCUCUCUCCUCCCUGUCCCAAACCCUCCCUCCCACCAUCACCACCCUGUUUGCCGGUCGCUGUCACCCCCGCGUCCCGAGGCCCAGCUCGACGCGCCCUGCCGACGCCGGACUUGGCCGUCAUGCUCCGUGCAGCAUCGGGGGAGGUGAGAUACAGCAGAGCCACCAUGAGCGCGGGGAAGGCCAGCGCCAUGGAGGUCGAGUCCCUGCACUCCGUCACCAAGCUGUCGGCCUCCAAAUGUCUGAGCGCCAAGAGGAGGAACGCCUCAGCCGGGACGCCGGGAGUCCGCAAGAAACUGGAGCUCAACAGUGAGAACUCUUUGACCAACGACGACAUCCUGAACGAGCUGCUGGACGAGGAGCUGGAGUUGGCUCAGAGGUUGUCGUCCUCCCCCCCUCAGACCCUGCCUCUCGCCCACAGCCUCACCCCCCUCAGGAAGGCCCACCGGCCCCCCGACAUCGGCCUGAAGACGUCCACCAUCGUCCUCAAAAAACUGUCCAUCGCCGAGAUGGAAAGUCCUCCAUCGAGAGACGAAUCCUGCAGUCCUCAGCAGGGUGGUGAGUUACCGAGCGGCUCGGUCAAAACACCGAAGAGGAGAAACGGCACCCCAAGGAGAAGCUACACCCCCAGGGGGCAGAAAGCGACGACUCCAUCCCGAAAGAAAGAACCGAAGACCCUGAAGGAACCUGGUCUGGGAGUCCUGGCCGAGGUGGAUAACGAAAACUCACCGAUGCUGCCGGACGCCGUCACGCCGAGGACCUCGAAGAGGAAGUCGGCCCAGCUGGUGUCGUCUCGCAUCAGAAAACAGCUGAAUCUUCUGGACAACCAUCAGGACCUGAACUCAGACAGCGAGAACGAAGAUGAGUUCAUUCCCUCAAAGAAGGAGCUACAGAGCAGCAGCGAGGACGAAGGAGGUGAUGAAGUGUUCGAUAGCGACGAAGAGGUUGUAGCGAAGAAAGGUCGACACGCCGGGUCCCGCACUCCUCGCUCGAAGCAGAAAAGUCGCUCCUCCACCAGGACGCCGCGAAAAACUCCCAACAAGAAGAUGGCGCCCGGCACGCCGAGGACUCCUCGUCACGCCACUCCCAGCAUCCCCAGCAGGUCGCUGCCGGCGCGACAACCCGCCAACGUUCUGGAGGAGGCAAGAACGAGGCUGCACGUGUCCUCAGUACCGGAGUCUCUGCCCUGCAGAGAGCAGGAGUUUCAGGACAUCUACAGCUUCGUGGAGAGCAAAGUCAUAGACGGCACUGGAGGGUGUAUGUAUAUCUCAGGUGUGCCAGGAACAGGUAAGACUGCCACGGUCCACGAGGUGAUGCGCUGUCUAGAGCACGCGGCCGAAAUGGACGAGAUCCCUCCGUUCCACUUCAUCGAGAUCAACGGCAUGAAGAUGACGGACCCUCAUCAGGCCUACGUCCAAAUCCUGCAGAAACUGACGGGUCAAAAAGCCACAGCCGACCACGCGGCAGCUCUGCUGGAGAAGAGAUUCAGCAACCCGGCACCCAGGAAAGACACGACUGUGCUGCUGGUGGAUGAAUUGGACCUCUUGUGGACCAGGAAGCAGAACGUGAUGUACAACCUGUUCGACUGGCCGACGAGGCGUCACGCCCGCCUGGUGGUGCUGACCAUCGCCAACACCAUGGACCUGCCGGAGAGGAUCAUGAUCAACAGAGUGGCCAGCAGACUGGGUUUGACCAGGAUGUCGUUCCAGCCGUACACCUUCAAGCAGCUGCAGCAGAUCAUCAUGUCCAGGCUGAACAAGGUGAAGGCCUUCGAGGAGGACGCGCUCCAGCUCGCGUCCAGGAAGGUUGCUGCUCUGUCGGGCGACGCUCGCCGAUGUUUGGACAUCUGUCGUCGGGCUACAGAGAUCUGCGAGCACUCUGCCGCUGACCCUUCUGCCACAGGAUUGGUGGGAAUGAGUCACGUGAUGGAGGCGCUGAAUGAGAUGUUUUCCUCUGCCUACAUCACUGCUAUCAAGUGUGCAUCAGUGCAGGAGCAGCUCUUCCUGAGGGCCGUCAUUGCUGAGUUUCGACGACUGGGAUUGGAGGAGGCCACCUUCCAACAGGUGUUCGUGCAGCACCAGGCUCUGUGUCGGGUGGAGGGUCUGCAGCCCAUCAGUGUGUCUGAGGGUCUGUCAGUGUGUCAGCGUCUGGGAUCCUGCAGGUUACUGCUGCUGGAGCCCAGCCGCCUGGGAAUCCUGCAGCGAGUCCGCCUCAACGUCAGCCAGGACGACGUCCUCUACGCCCUGAAGGCCGACUGA